GAGAACAGCUCGCUGUGUUUCGCACCCCGGAUGGCCAGGCCUUCGUGGUGGAUGCUUACUGCCCUCACCUGGGAGCCAACCUGGCUGCUGGUGGCCGCGUCGUGGGCAACUGCAUCGAGUGCCCGUUCCAUGGCUGGCAGUUUCGAGGAGAAGAUGGAAAAUGCACCAGCAUUCCCUACGCUGAAAAAGUGCCAGACUUUGCAAGGGUUCGGACCUGGCCGUGCUGCGAGAUAAACGGGAUGCUGCUGGUCUGGUACCACUGCGAGGGGCUCAUGCCAACAUGGGCAGUGCCAGAGCAGCGCGAGAUCACCACCAAAGAGUGGGUGUUCUGCGGGCAGACGGAGCACCUGGUUAAUGCACACAUCCAGGAAAUCCCAGAGAAUGCAGCUGACUCGGCGCACCUGGCUUUCCUCCAUGGACCAGCCAUUCUGGGCGGAUCUGAUCUGAGAUACACGAGGUCCAAGCUGUGGGAUUUUAUGAAGCACAACUGGAAGGCGGAGUGGUGGCCAGAGCCAGAGCCCAACAAGCACUGCUCCCAGAUGCUGCUGCAACACACUGCAACCUUUUUUGGGAAGCACUUCUCCCUGAUGGAUUUGACAGUUUCAGCCAGGCAGGUGGGGCCAGGGCUGGUUUUCCUGCUUUUUGAACACGCCUUCCUGGGCCGUGGGAUCAUCCUGCAGACGGUGACACCUCUGGAGCCUCUCCUGCAGAAUGUUGUUCACAAAAUCUACUACCAAAAGAAUAUACCGGCCAUAAUUCCCAAGUUCAUCCUGAGAGCAGAGUGCAUCCAGUUUGAGCGGGAUAUAACCAUCUGGAAUAAUAAACAGUACCUGCCCAAGCCGCUGCUGGUGAGGGAGGACUCCAGCAUCCAGAAGCACCGGCGCUGGUAUUCCCAGUUCUACAGUGAGAAAAGCACGAGGUCCCUGGUGCAGAAGGACCUGGAGUGGUGA